AGGUUUGACUUAGAUAAGUAAAUGAUGCAGAUCCAAGUUUUAUGGCAGCUCUUCUCUAAUUAGCUGUAAUCACUAACUCAUGUUCAAGGCAUUAGGUGAAACACUUCUGGGAGAAAAUAUCAAGCAGUUAUCACCCAGGGAGCUACGUGGAGUUGGGCAUCUUAGACCCACGUGUACUUGCAGUGCUGUUUUCCUUUCUGUAAAGCCAAACAAGCACACCUGAUCGUUUUACAAGGCAGAGGAGAAAGGGAUGGUCUCUACUGACCUUGUUUCCAAGCAGCCACAAUCAGUGAGGAAAGGAACGUGAGCAGGGUACAUAGUGAAGGAAACAGCUAAGUGUGUGCAGUGACAAAUGCUUGCAGAAAAGAUGUGUCUAGUGGAGAAUGACUAAAGCUUAGAAAUGCAACAGGCUGCCCCUAGAGACAAAACAAAAGAUAGAAUUUGUGGUGAUGCCCUAUUCCAGAUGGGAUUCUUUUUUUUUUUUUUUCCUGACAGAGGAAGUUUGUGCAUUCUUGUCUACCUGCCACAUUAGCACUUGCCCUUAUCUCUGCAUUGUAAAGAAACACUGCCUUUUGGGGGCAAACAGAUGGGAAUUUGUGAAGAUGGAUACAGUCCAAGGGGCAGCUACUGUAGAAAAAGUCUGCUGGCAUGUCCAGCCCAAGACCACAAGAUCAAAGAUGACCUCAGCUGAUGCACGUGGGCAUCGUGGCUUGUUAAGCUGUAGCCAGGGCAAAAGUGACGUUGACCUGACUGUUCUGAGAACCAAAUCUGACCCAGCAGGCACAGAAGAGAACCCCCACUGCAGCUUACAGAGAGAGCUAGCAAAAGAGGCUGAUUGAUGAUGAUUAACAGUGGUCUUGUCAUAGGCUUCCUGUUCCUUUUACCUGCUGUCAUCUACUGCCCAUCCCAGCGCUAACUUCUAGCGGAGAUCUAUCCUGCCUUAUACCCACCGUGCUCCUUGUGUUCCCCUCCUCCAGAGAGCUCACCAUGGUCAAUGAGACCCAGCAUACCUGCAGUGCCAGUUCCAGCUCCAAGUCCGAUGGCGGCAGCAGCAGCGGGAGUGAGAGCUCCAAGGACAGCUCACGCUGCUCCACCCCUGUACUCGAUGCCGAGCGUUAUGAGCGACUGCGGGAGAAGAUGCGCCGCCGGCAGGACUCUGGAGACAGGUGGUUCUCCUUGGAGUUCUUCCCUCCACGCACAGCCAAUGCUGCGGUCAAUCUCAUCUCCAGGUUUGACCGCAUGGGAGCAGGUGGUCCACUCUUUAUUGAUGUGACAUGGCAUCCUGCUGGGGACCCAGGAUCUGACAAGGAAACGUCUUCCAUGAUUAUUGCCAACACUGCAGUCAACUACUGUGGCCUGGAGACCAUCCUGCACAUGACAUGCUGCAACCAGACCAAGGAUGACAUCACGGGGCAUCUGCAGAAGGCCAAGCGGCUGGGCUUGAAGAACAUCAUGGCAUUGCGUGGAGAUCCUGCUGGUGAGGAAUGGGAAGAAGAAGUAGAUGGAUUCAACUACGCUGUUGACUUGGUUAAGCACAUUCGCAAUGAAUUUGAUGAUUAUUUUGACAUCUGUGUGGCAGGCUACCCAAAGGGCCAUCCCGAAGCAGAAAGCUAUGAGGCAGACCUGAAGCACCUCAAGGAGAAAGUUCUUGCUGGGGCAGACUUCAUCAUUACACAGCUUUUUUUCCGCUCAGAAACCUUUCUCAAGUUCAUAAAGGAUUGUCAGGCCAUUGGCAUCACCUGCCCCAUUAUUCCUGGCAUCUUCCCCAUACAGGGUUACCACUCCCUGCGCCAGCUGGUGAAGCUCUCCAAGCUGGAAGUGCCUCAAGAAAUAAAAGAUGUGAUCGAACCCAUCAAGGACAACGAUGCAGCUAUCCGGAACUAUGGAGUAGAGCUGGCAGUGUCCAUGUGCCGGGAACUGCUGGACAGUGGCAUGGUAAAUGGGCUCCAUUUUUACACCCUCAAUCGGGAAGUGGCUACUACUGAAGUCCUUAAGCGCCUCGGUCUUUGGAAGGAGGACCCCAGGCGGCCUCUGCCCUGGGCAGUCAGCGCUCACCCCAAGAGGAGAGUUGAAGAUGUUCGGCCAAUCUUUUGGGCCUCCAGGCCAAAGAGCUACAUCUAUCGAACUCAAGAAUGGGAUGAUUUCCCUAACGGCCGAUGGGGUAAUUCCUCCUCUCCAGCCUUCGGGGAGCUGAAGGACUAUUAUCUCUUCUACCUGAAGAGCAAGUCUCCCCGGGAGGAGCUCCUGAAGAUGUGGGGAGAAGAGCUGACUGGUGAGGAAAGUGUUUUUGAGGUUUUCACGUGUUACAUCACUGGAGAGCCCAACAAGAAUGGACAUAAGGUUACGUGCAUGCCUUGGAAUGAUGACCCUCUUGCUACUGAAACCAACCUUCUGAAGGAGCAGCUGGAGAAGGUGAACAGACGAGGAAUCCUGACUAUCAACUCCCAGCCAAACAUCAAUGGAAAACCAUCCACAGACCCCAUCGUAGGCUGGGGGCCUAGUGGAGGUUAUGUCUUCCAAAAGGCCUACCUAGAGUUCUUCACCUCCAGUGAGAUCGUCACGGCACUGCUCAAAGUGCUGAAGAAAUACGAGUCACGGGUGAACUACCACAUUGUCAAUGUCAAGGGCCAGAAUAUCACCAAUGCUCCUGAUCUACAACCCAAUGCUGUCACCUGGGGCAUCUUCCCAGGCAGAGAGAUCAUCCAGCCCACUGUAGUGGAUCCUGUAAGCUUCCUCUCCUGGAAGGAUGAGGCCUUUGCUCUGUGGAUUGAGCAGUGGGCAAAGCUCUAUGAAGAGGAGUCACCCUCUCGCAUGAUCAUCCAGUACAUCCAUGACAACUAUUACUUGGUCAACCUGGUGGACAAUGACUUCCCCCUUGAGAACUGCCUCUGGCAGGUUGUGGAUGAUACUUUUGAACUGUUGAACUCUCCAACUCAGCAGUGAAAAUUCUUUAAUCCCUUACUUCCUCCAUCCAUUUGCUGACUGCAGGGAGCCAAAAAGCAGCUCCUGUUAGGAUGGUGGACCAUGCACUCCUAAACCCAGUGAGCACCUCUGCUCAGAGCCAGGCAAGCUCGCAGAUAUAUACCCACACCACACGCUCUUCUAUUCCCAACACAAAUACUCCCUGACUUUCUCUCACUGAACAGCAGGCUGAACCCUCUGAACUUCUGAGGUGAGGAUCCAGACUGAGCUUGAAGGCUAGUUCUGCAGGACAAAAAGGUGCUAAUCAUGGCUAUGUUGAUUAUAGCAUAGGAGAACCCUGGUGCAUCAACGUGGUACAACUUAGUGGGAUUCUGGUAACAUUCUCAUGCCAGAUACACUGCCCUGGGGGCAGAAACACUCCUGUCAGCAGUGCCUAUGCAAGAAAAAUAUUUUAGUGGUUACCAACCCUUCAAAGAAGCUCAAGCUACUUUUAUAUUACACUCCGAAGAUACAUUGCAUCAUAACUGAUAAUAUCUCUUUUGUGCUCACUCCAGAAGACAGUUCAAGUUUUCCUACUUUUCUACUUAACUCUUACUAUAAUUCCUGUUUCUUUUUUUUAAUAGGAAUAUGUGAAUUUCACUUCUGGAUGAGACCAAAUAGGAAUCACACUAUUUCAAGUACAAUAAACUACAUGAAUACAACUGUC